CUCUAUCUCUCGCUCUGACGGCGACUAUAACACGUUCAUUCAAUUAGAAACCGAUCAAUUGAACCGGUCGUUCUAACCGCCGGUCAAAGUAUUUGCCAUACUUUGACUUCUCAUCCGGACAGCUCUCGCCUUUCCACCUCCGACAGGGGUCUAUCCUCCACCGGCCACCGGCUGUCUCCUCACACCCGACGACUACCAAAGAUUCUCGAAUCCCGACAGUCCUCAAUAUUUUCACAAUGUCCGCUCGUCCGCUGUCGCAUUGCCUCCGUGCCCGCUGCCUUUUCCGCAGGUCCCAGAAUGUCCAGAGCUUCUCGACUCGGAGCAGUCUGCGGGCCGCCGAUCAUGGUGAUCACUACGACCCCCCGUCCGGCUGGCUCUUUGGCAUCAAGCCCGGCCAGAAGUACGUGAAGGAGGGCUGGGAGAACAUCUGGUACUAUGGCUUUAUUGGAAGCUUGCUUGCUGCCGGAGUGGCAUAUGUCUUCAAGCCGGACACUUCGAUACAGACGUGGGCUCUGGAAGAGGCCCGCAGAAGGCUGGAAGCCGAGGGUAUCCUGGAGGAUCCUGAUAAGGUUCAGGGAAAGUAAAUCGCUGAGUCCGGGUCUUCCUUGUACAUUGUACAUAAAGUGUUCGGACAGUAAAGGCAUUUUCGGUUAAAGGGCUACAUCUGUGGUAGCAGACAUGACUUCCGGUUGGCUUCCUAGACAGGGCUGCUAUCUCGUUUCUUUUGUUCCUUUGUUCUUUCUUCACUGUCAACGUAUAUCCUGAAAUGUUUUUUUAUCGCCGAUUCGCUUUACAUCUUAUUGACGAGGAAGAGUGGGAAAACCUACUGUGCUAUAAAAUGUGUAAUCUACCAUAUAUUACAG